AUGGGUCUCCACUCACACAUCGUCGUGCAAGAGCACGAGCUCUACGGUUUCCAAUGCCGCGGGCUGUUCGCGCACAGCUUUAUCGCUCAAGGCGAGGUCGUUUGCGAUUGGGACGAAGGAGAGAUUCGCGGGUACCACGCAUCUGACUUGUCAGCGGAACCCGAUAAGGAGAAGCGCGAGACAAUGAUUCGUUAUGCGUACAUGGUCGGUGACGACUUGUACGACACGACAGCCGACCCCGAGGAUGACCCGAGCUUUUAUUACAACCACUCGUGCGACCCUAACACGUGGUACGCUAACCCACGUUGCAUGGUCGCCCUGCGCGACAUUCAGCCGGGCGAGCACGUCACGUACGACUACGCCUGCACGGAGACGGAGGGUAGCAUGCACGCCGGCCUGCGCUGCCGCUGUGGCGCCGCGUGCUGCCGCGGAACGCUUAACUUCACCGAGUGGCGCUCGCACGACUGGCAGCGACGGUUCGCCGGCCACUUCUCGGCUUAUAUCGAACGGAAGAUGGCCGAGUCGGGGUGGUACGACCCGCGCGUGGUAACUCGUUACAAGGGUCGCGGCGCGGACGCCUUCAAGGGGCUGUUCGCAUUGGCGAGCAUCCGACGUGGCGAACCGCUUCUCGUCUUCGCCGGCAAGCUUGUCGGCCUCGACUACCUGCUGGGAAGCGACGAACGCGUUCGGGAGCUCUCGCUGCGAGUCAACGAUAACCUCUGGCAGGUGCCGGAUCCGACGCGUGGGCCCGAGACGCCCGAUUUCAUCAACCACUCGUGCGAUCCAAACUGCGGAUUGGAAGACUCGGUGACGGUGGUGGCCUUGCGGAACAUCGCGCCAGGCGAAGAGUUGAGCAUCGACUACGGGAGCACCAACGCAGGCGUCGUCCGCACCAGCAGCGACAACUUCAGUUGCCACUGCGGCGCGUCGAUCUGCCGCGGGGUAGUCACGUGCGACGAUUGGCGGCUGCCCGAGCUGCGGCAACGACUAUGGCCGUUCUUCCCGCCGUUCAUCAAGCGGCUGAUCGUGAGAGAGUCGGAGAAGUCGGACUUGAAGCGGUCUGAGAGUGAUGAGUCGUGCGAGUCGAUCGAAGGUGAUGAACUGGCCUUCACCACGAAGAUGAAGUCCGGAGGGAUGACAGUGGGGGGUGUAGUGAAAGAGAUCCCCAAGCCUACUUCCCCCCACUGA